AUGAAAGAAAAAAGUGCAAUCGAUGAAUUGAUGAAGUUGGAAGAGUUCGUUGAAACUCGAAAUGAGUGGUGUACAAAGGUUGAAAAAGAAAAGAAAAGAGGUGGAAAGAGAACUCCAAAAUUUCAAAUAGAAGAAGGAUCGUCUUCUCAACCUCAAAAGAAACUCAAAAAGAAAGCAGUUGAUACAAUGUUGGUUGAUGAAUCUGAAGAAGAUGAAACAGAAGCUGACGUUGAAAAAGAUCAAGAUCAACUAUCUCCUGAAACUGAGCGUUUGUUGAAAUCUAUUGAUGAUAUGUUAGAAUCUGUGAAAUCAGCUAGUCAGAAAGCAGUUGAUGAUGAAGAAAAGAGUUUAUCUGCUGAAGAAGGUGAUUUGGAUGCUGAAGUUGAUCGUUGGAUCAAAGAAAACUUCGAUCCAAGAGAUAGAGUGCAACAAAAGAAAAGAAAAAGGAGUGUGGACGAUGAUGAUGAAACGUAUGUACCACCAGAAAAUGUUCAGGUCGUAACACCACCAUCUUCUGAAGGCAGAAAGGAAUCUACAUCAAGGAAACGUGUUGUAACUCCUAUAGUACGAAAGUUAAAAAUCAAGCUGAGUUCAAAAUUUAUCCAAGAUCCACAACCACCAUCACCACCACCUGAACCACAACCAAAAUCACCACAACAACAACCAUCACCACCACAACAACCAUCACCACCACAAAAACCAUUACCACAACAUUUUCAAUUACUACAAUCACCACCACAGCAUCACAUUUCUUCACCCAUUCAUGAACAGCCUCAAAUAACUUCACCACAAAUUCAACAAACACCACCAAUCCCACAAUCACCAAUUCAAACAACUCCUGGAUCAUCUAAGGUUGAAGCUGAUCAAGUUGAUAUUGAUAUUCUGAAAGUUCGCAUAGCUAUUUUGGAAGAAGAAAAGGCUCGAAGGGAUGAGCAAAAUGAAUACUUCAAGUUGAAAAAUAAAGAAUUGGAAGCCCAAAAUGCUAAGAAGGAACAUGAUAAAUAUAUGUUAAAGAAAGUGAUUGAAGACUUGAUUGGUAAGUCGAUAGAACAAAGAUUUGAAGAGAUUGAGCUUGAAGAAGUUAGAGCGAAACGUAAAGCUGAAAUUGAAGCUGAAAUGAAGAAUAAGGGAAAAGAUGUUCAAGUUGAAGGUGUUGCUCAAGUUACGGAAAGGGCAAUUGUUCCAUCAAAUGUUCCUGAAUCAUCUAUUCUAGAUCCUUGUCCAAUUACUUCAGUAUCUGGUGAAAUUGACGACGAUGAUGAUGAUAUUCUGAAAGAUGAUGCAGAUGAUGUAUAUUCUGUUCACAGUGAUGAUGAUGAUGAUGAUGGUAAUGAUGAUGAUCAAGAACCAGAGAAUGCUAGAGGUGAGGGGGAGCAUGAUGAUGCUGAAAAGGUUGAUGAAAGUGUUGAUCAGAGUAUAAGGUUGAUUCUACGUCUUGAACAUGAUGUAGAGGAAGAGGAAAUAUUUCAUACUUACACUUUAGCUGAGAUUGUUAAGAUGACACAUGUUGAAGAAAAUAAUUUUAACUUUGAUUUUGAAGAAGAGUUGAACAAGUUUGAUAUCAAUCAGCAACCAGACUAUCAGUACAAGUAUGUUGAAGAAGCUGAUAACUAUGACAAAGUUGAAGUAGAAGACUGGAGUGAUGAAGAUCAGUCUGAGAAUGUGAAUGUUGAUACUUCUAGCUAUCCAACACUUGCUGAAUUUUUCAGUCAGGCGAAUGAGGAUGAGCUGAGAAGAAAAGUUACUGAAAGUGUCAAGAAUAAAAAUUUUCAAGAAAUGUCAAAGGAAGAACAACGCGAAGAACGUAAAAAGUGGUUCAGGAAAGAUACAGAAAGGAAAUUCAAAAGACCACUGAAGUAUUACAAAAGAGAUAGAGAAGUUUCUUUGGGAGAUAUCAUAAGUCGGGGUAUCUGCCACAAGUGA